AUGGAUAAACCUAAUCUGCAUUUGAGUUCAGAAUGUAAAAACUCACUUCGUCCAAUUCAGUGCCCAUUAACGACGAUGACCAGAUACUUAUCGAGUUUCUUCGAGCCUUGGUUUUUAUGGAUACCCGGAUUCCAAGUGCCAAAGCUAAAAUUGGAAUUGCAUGCUACCAUGCAGCUAGAUUUUUUGUUUACGCGCUUUUGUGAUACAGUUUGCUCCCAAGUCUUGGGUACGACGCAGAUGUCCUCAAUGAUAGGCUCAGGGAUUAAAGAACUUCUGGAAGAAUCCCAAGCUACCCUUCCCAGACAUAAGAUAAGAAGACCCAGUCCUGGGAUGACCAGCGGAAACAGCAUAUUCUUGAAGCUUUCAGGCUCGGAAAACACUAAAUGCCUCGUAAGGCUGACAAUGGCUCCGCUUGGAUAUUCAGCCAACCGAAAACGCAGUAUCCAGUAUCAUUUCGCUCCAGAUUAUUUCAAGAGCGGUCUCAAAGACAAUGCUGCUGUUUGA